GGCCCACCUAGGCCGAGCUUGUUUGCUCGCCCGCUACACUAGACAUGAACAGGAAGGAGACAUCGCAAGAUGUGUUCAUCUUUUGACAUCUUUGGGAUAGCAACGACCGGGAACAGGGCGAAUGAUGCCAUCGGACCGGUUGAACAUGCAAAUGGCUACGACAUGGGAGCCCGGGAACCGGUGCGACAUGGACCUCGCUGGAUAAUGGUGCCUGGUCGCUUGCAGUGUGAACCCGGCAGCUCGUCAUUCAAAUAAGCUCGCUGCCGUUCCUGGAGCUCUUGCUUGACCAUCGACCUCGUCCAAUUGAGCUCUUACGAAGCUAGUCGUGUGAAUAAUGGCUCGUUACCUGGGACUCGCAACAGCGUUGGCUGCCACGAGCGCCCUCGCGUUCACUCCAGAGCAGCUCCUGAGCACCGUCCGUCGCGGCGCAGCUGAUCCUAGCCCUGAUGGCACAGUCGCGCUCUUUACCUGGUCGCAGUACUCCUUUGAAAAGAAGAAGAGCGCGUCGGGCUUGAAUCUCAUCGACCUCAAGUCGGGUAAAAUCAGCGAAUCUGGCUUGAAUGCGUCAGAAGUCAACGAAGUCGCCUGGCUUCCGGGCACCGAGACUGGUAUCAUCUACAUCAAUGGUACCAACGAGGAGGUCCCUGGAGGUGUUACGUUGUGGAUUGGAGACAUCAAGACCCCCAACACUAGCACAUUGGUCGCUUCUUUGGACGCGCCAUACAGCGGCUUGAAGGUUGCCAACACCUCUUCUGGUGACCUGCAUUUCUUGGUCAACACCCUGGCCUACCCCAAUGGUACCGCAGUGAACCCCGAGACUGAGGUCACACCAUCACACACUGGACGUCUGUACUCCAACGUAUAUGCACGCCACUGGGAUACGUGGCUGAACAAGAACCGCUAUGCGGUCUUCGCUGGGACUCUGUCGAAGAACAGCAGUUAUGCAUUGGCAGGCAAAGGUCUCCGCAACCUCAACCACGGAGUCAACUUCACUGCUACGCAGUCCGAGACGCCCAUUCAGCCAUUCGGCGAUUCUGGCGACUAUGACCUCAGCCCCGAUGGUUCCCUGUACGCUUUCGUCAGCAAGGCCCCUCAACUGAACAAGGCCAACUACACUGCCAGCUACACCUACGUUGGCGCAUUCGCCAGCUCAGAGGUUCCGGUCGCGUUCAACGGCCCCGACUCCAAGGCUUUCAAGGCUGGUCACCAGGGCGCGUCUGGAUUGCCGUCGUUCUCCACCGAUAGCUCCAAGCUCGCCUACGUCCAACAGGAUGAAGAUUACUAUGAGUCGGACAGAUGGAUCCUUUACACUGUCGAUGUUGCCGUUAAGGGUAGCAAGGUCGCCGUCACCAACUGGAAGAGUUUGAGUGCUGGCUUCGAUCGCUGGGUCCAAGGACCUCUGACCUGGGAUGCGGACAGCAAGUCCAUCUACGUUACUGCCGAGGACUACGCUCGUGUGAAGAUUUUCAACUUCCCUAUCACGGCCGACAAGAACUUCGUGCCUAAGCCAUUGACAUCGAACACUACGGUCAGCUCGUUCUCGCUUCUGCCCGACUCUUCUCUCUUCGUGACAGGCACCGCUAUUUGGACCCCUACCGAGUACUACACCGUCACCAAUGGAACCAAGAAGACUUUGUUCGACGCAUCCACCGUGGACAAGAACCUCGCUGGUCUCGGCUCGCACACCGUCUCUGAGGUCUUCUUCAAUGGCUCCAACCCCAAGCUCAACCAGCAAUUGCACGCCGUCGUCGUCAAGCCCACAUUCUACGUCAAGAACCAAACCUACCCUCUUGCUUUCAUUAUCCACGGCGGUCCUCAAGGUGCGAACAUGAACAGCUGGUCAAACCGCUGGAACCCCCAAGUCUGGGCUGAUCAGGGUUAUAUCGUCGUUGCGCCCAACCCAACUGGAUCCACUGGUUUCGGUCAAUUCCUCACUGAUUCUAUCCAGGGCCAGUGGGGCGGCUGGCCAUACUAUGAUCUCGUCAAUGCCUGGGAAUACAUCAACAAGAACCUUGCCGAUGUUGACACCAAGAACGGCAUUGCAGCUGGUGCCUCUUACGGAGGUUACAUGACGAACUGGAUCCAGUCAAACGACCUAGGCAAGAAGUUCAAGGCCCUCGUUACCCACGACGGUAUCUCCAACACCGAGGCCGCCUGGGCAACUGAGGAGCUUUGGUUCAUCCGCCACGACUACAACGGCUCGAUCUGGAACUCUGAUGCGUACAAGAAGUGGAACCCGCAGAACCACAUUGCGAACUGGUCGACACCCCAAUUCGUCGUCCACAACUCGCUCGACUACCGUCUGCCCGAGUCCGACGGCCUUGGGCUUUUCAACAUCCUCCAGGCACGCGGUGUGCCAUCGCGCUUCUUGAGCUUCCCUGAUGAAAACCACUGGGUCCUCAAGCAGAAGAACAGCUUGUUCUGGCACAAGGAGAUUUUCAACUGGAUCAACCAUUACUCCAAGGGCCAGCCUUUGGAUGAUGAGCCGAUCGGCCAUUAA